AUGAGUUACAGAGUCGCAAGAGCGUCGGAGUAUCUCGCGAUCACCGGUGGUGGGAUCAAAGACAUUAAGCUCGCGAAGAAGUCUUGGGUGUUUCCAUGGCAGUCUUGCACCGUCUUCGACGUUUCUCCGGUCAACUACACGUUCGAGGUUCAGGCCAUGAGUUCCGAGAAACUCCCUUUUGUCAUCCCCGCCGUUUUCACCAUCGGUCCGCGCGUCGAUGACCCUCACGCUCUUCUCCUCUACGCCAUGCUCAUGUCUCAACACGACAAGCACUCGAAUCACGUCAAUGAGCUCGUUGAAGGUGUCAUCGAAGGAGAGACCCGUGUCCUCGUCGCCUCCAUGACCAUGGAAGAGGUCUUCAAAGGAACAAAGGAGUUUAAGAAGGAGGUGUUUGACAAGGUCCAGCUUGAGCUUAACCAGUUUGGUCUAGUGAUCUACAACGCCAACGUGAAGCAGCUCGUUGACGUGCCUGGACAUGAGUACUUCUCUUACUUGGGUCAGAAGACUCAGAUGGAAGCAGCAAACCAAGCCAAGAUCGAUGUAGCUGAGGCUAAGAUGAAGGGAGAGGUCGGAGCCAAGGAACGGACUGGUCUCACCAUCCAGAACGCAGCCAAGAUCGACGCAGAGUCAAAGAUCAUCUCCACUCAGAGGCUAGGAGAAGGGACAAAGGAAGAGAUCAAGGUCAAGACUGAGAUCCAAGUGUUUCAGAACGAGAAGGCGGCUCUUGUUGCUCAGGCUGAUGCUGCAUUGGCGAUCCAAAAGGCUUCUCUGACUAAAAACUCUCGUGUGGCUGAGGUUGAAGCGACCAAGGCUGUUGCUUUGAGGGAAGCUGAGCUUCAGACCCAAGUCGAAAAGUUGAAUGCUUUGACUCAGACUGAGAAGCUUAAAGCCGAGUUCCUCAGUAAAGCCAGUGUUGAGUACGAGACCAAGGUGCAAGAAGCGAACUGGGAGUUGUACAAUAAGCAAAAGCAAGCGGAGGCUGUUCUUUACGAGAAGCAGAAGCAAGCGGAGGCCAUGAAAGCUGCAGCUGAUGCUGCCUUCUACUCGAAACAGAGAGAUGCAGAGGGUCUUGUAGCCAUGGCCAAUGCUCAGGGGACUUAUCUAAAGACUCUCUUGGGCGCUGUUAACAAUGAUUACUCGGCCAUGAGAGACUUCUUGAUGAUCAACAAUGGAAUCUAUCAAGACAUCGCCAAGACCAAUGCGGUUGCGAUCAGGGACUUGCAGCCUAAGAUCAGUGUGUGGAACCAUGGUGGUGCCGAUCAGGGGAUGAACGGUGGUGGUAAUGGUAACGGUAUGAAGGAUAUUGCUGGACUCUACAAGAUGUUGCCACCGGUUCUUGAUACGGUUUAUGAGCAGACCGGGAUGCAGCCACCGGCUUGGAUUGGUACGCUACGUGGUACUGAGCCUAAACAAUCACUUCAAUCUCAGCAACACAGAGGUUGA